GCUAUCAACUCAGCAUCUUCAGCUAUCACCACUAGCAUCUUUGUAAUUUCUCAUGAUUUUCAAUGGAGUUCUUUGAAAGAAGAAGAAAACCUGGACUGGUGAUUAGAACACUUUACAGAUGUGAAACAUUUCUCUGACCCAAACUGUAAAAUGAUUAGAUCAGCUUUAUACAGAUGAAUCCCUCAAGGAUCAGCCGCUGUGGUUUCUGAGAACCAAGAAUUCCGCGUUUCCGACUGGAUGUGAAUGCAGCAUCUGUCUACGGAAACCCCGCUGGGUCAAGCCACCGAGCCCGCCGCGCUGUGCCGUUACGGUCGCAGCCCACCGGUGGAGGGCGCAUGCGCAGCCUCCAGGAGAUGCUACGUAGGCAUCUGAAGGAGGAAGGGGGGGACCGAGAGCCCGCUGUCCCGCGCCGGAACCGACACGUUCUAAGCGGAUUAUCGUUGACGUAGGCGCAGCCGGACCGGGCCAGCAGACUUCAGGAUGGCGGCUCGCAGUCGCAGAGCUUGGUUCGGGGUUCUGCUGGGUCUGGUGGUCGGCUUCACGCUCGCGUCCCGCCUCAUUCUCCCGCGCGCGAGCGAGCUGAAGAAAGCGGGCCACAAGCGGAAAGCCAGCCCGGCCGCGUGCGGCGUGAGCGGGGCUCCCCGGAGGGAGCUCGGCGGAGUCCCGUGGGCCUCCCCGGCCAACGACCCCCCCUCCGGCCGCACGUCCGGGUCCCGGGCCGGAAGUUUCCUGUUCGUCGGCGUCAUGACCGCGCAGAAGUACCUGCGGAGCCGCGCGGUGGCCGCGCACAGGACGUGGGCUCAAACCAUUCCUGGUCGUGUAGAGUUCUUCUCCAGCGAGGGCUCCGACACCUCCGUUCCUGUUCCCGUGGUGGCUUUAAAGAACGUGGAUGACUCGUACCCACCGCAGAAGAAGUCGUUCAUGAUGUUAAAGUACAUGCACGACCACUAUUUGGACCAGUACGAGUGGUUCAUGAGGGCCGACGACGACGUCUACAUCAAGAGCGAGAGGCUGGAGAGCUUCCUGCGCAGCCUCAACAGCAGCGAGGCCAUCUUCCUGGGUCAGACUGGAAUGGGGGCCAGAGACGAGCUGGGGAAGCUGGCCUUGGAACCAGGGGAGAACUUCUGCAUGGGGGGGCCGGGGGUCAUAAUGAGCCGAGAGGUCCUCAAAAGGAUGGUGCCCCACAUACGGGAGUGUUUGCAGGAGAUGUACACCACCCAUGAAGACGUGGAGGUGGGCCGCUGCGUCCGGAGGUUUGCUGGAGUCCAGUGUGUCUGGUCCUAUGAGAUGCAGCAGCUGUUCUAUGAGAACUACGAGCCUAACAAGAAAGGUUACAUCCGGGAGCUCCACAGCAGUAAGAUCCACCGCGCCAUCACCCUGCACCCCAACAAGAACCCCCCCUACCAGUACCGGCUGCACAGCUACAUGCUGAGCCGUAAGAUCGCCGAGCUGCGCCACCGCACCGUGCAGCUCCACCGGGAGAUCGUGCAGAUGGGGCGCUACGGCGCGGCCGAGCCGGGCCGGGAGGACGUGCAGCUGGGCGUGCCACCCUCCUUCAUGCGCUUUAACCCUCAGCAGCGAGACGACGUGCUGGAGUGGGAGUUCCUGACGGGGAAGUACCUGUUCUCGUCUUCGGACAGCCAGCCCCCCCGCCGGGGGAUGGACUCCUCCCAGAAACAGGCUCUGGAUGACAUCAUCAUGCAGGUGAUGGAAAUGAUCAACGCUAACGCCAAGACGCGGGGCCGGGUCAUCGACUUCAAGGAGAUCCAGUACGGCUACCGGCGGGUCAACCCGCUGUACGGCGCAGAGUACGUGCUGGACCUGCUGCUGCUCUACAAGAAGCACAAAGGCAAGACCAUGACGGUUCCAGUCCGCAGACACGCCUACCUGCAGCAGACCUUUAGCCGAAUCCAGGUCCGCGAGGACGAGGAGAUGGACGCCGGCACGCUGGCCAGCCACAUCAACAAGGACUCAGACUCGCUGUCUUUCCUGUCCAACUCCCUGAAGAUGCUGGUUCCGUUCAAGCUGGCCGCCUCCGGCCUGGACCAGCGGGAGCCCAAAGAGAGCAAGGUCAACAUCCUGGUGCCGCUGUCGGGCCGCUACGACAUCUUCGUCCGCUUCAUGGCGAACUUUGAACGUGUGUGCCUCAUCCCCAACCUGAACGUCAAGCUGCUGGUUCUGCUGUUCAGCACCGACAACAACACGGAGCGGGUCAAGCAGGUGGAGCUGAUGAGGGAGUACCACAUGAAGUACCCCCGGGCCGACAUGGAGAUCAAGCCCGUGGCGGGCGCCUUUUCCAGGGCUCUGGCUCUGGAGGUAGGCUCCACCCACUUCACCAACGACUCGCUGCUGUUCUAUUGCGAUGUGGACCUGCUCUUCUCCGGAGACUUCCUGAAGCGGUGCCGGACGAACGCUGCUCUGGGGCAGCAGGCCUACUUCCCCAUCAUAUUCAGUCAGUACGACCCUAAAGUGGUGUAUGCUGGGAAAGUGCAGAGCAGCAACCACUACGUCUUCACCUCCAAGACGGGCCUGUGGAGGACCUACGGCUUUGGCAUUGUCUGCGUCUACAAGGGAGACCUGCUGCGGGCUGGGGGCUUCGACACCUCCAUUCAGGGCUGGGGCUUGGAGGACGUGGACCUCUACAACAAGUUCGUCCAGUCAGGAAUCGGCUUGUUCCGCAGCGUGGACACCGGCAUCGUGCACGUCCACCACCCGGUGGUCUGCGACCCCAACCUGGAGGCCAAGCAGUACAAGAUGUGUCUGGGCUCCAAAGCCUCGUCGUACGGCUCCACGCAGCAGCUGGCCGAGCUGUGGCUGGACAAGAACGACCACGGCUUCCGGAGGCUGGAGGGCAACGACUCGGCCAGGACAGCGUAGAGACGGCGGGGUCCGACCGUUAGACGCCUGACGGCCGGGGUCCCAGAAUGUCACCCAAAAGGUGUUCGUGUGGACACGCCCACAGAAAGAGGGGGCGGUCCCCAGCGGAUCAGAAUGUGAUGAAGACGUUUCAGAUCUUCGUCUAUUUUCUAUUUGAUGAACGUUUUUCCUGUUUUUAUUUAUUAAGAUGAAAUGUGACCAAGAUGCUUCGCUGGGCCAUGCUGCAGGUCAGGUCUCUCCUGCAGGUCAGGUCUCUCCUGCAGGUCCGGUCUCUCCUGCAGGUCUGGUCUCCUGCAGGUCAGGUCUCUCCUGCAGGUCAGGUCUCUCCUGCAGGUCCGGUCUCUCCUGCAGGUCCGGUCUCCCCAACAGGGUUUGUUCAAAGAGCUGGAGCUGCUGAUGUGCACGUCCGAGUGCCCACGUGCACAUCAGACUUCGUGAGGAAACAUUGAAAGCUGAAGCAGGGGUGGGGUGUGGUGGGGUGUUGAUGGUGUUUUUUAUGAAACUUGUUCAAAUAAAGGUCAAUUUCUG